AUGUUCCUCACACCGCUGCUAUUCCUCUUGUUGACUCCCACCAUCAUAGCGCAAACCACAUCCUCGAAGCGCGGCCUUGUGCAUAUCCCCUCGAGCGACCACCCCGGUGAUGACAGCAUAUGGAUAACCCCACCCACCACUCUGACAUGGUAUUAUAACUAUGGCUCCCGUCCCUCAUCGUCACUCUCUUCGGGCAACCUCUCGUUCGUACCGAUGCUCUGGGGUGACCACAGUAACACUUUCGUUGACGACGUCCGCGGGCAGAAGGGUGUGAAGUGGGUUCUUGGCUUCAACGAACCGGAUAUGGGGAGUAAUGUGGGCGGGAGUAACAUUAGGCCUGAGAGAGCGGCGGAAUUGUGGAAGAGGGAUAUAGAGCCCUUGAAGGGGGAUGGAAAGGAACUGGGGGCCCCCAGUAUUAGUGGGAGUCCGACUGGGAUGAGGUGGUUGAAGGAAUUUUUCAAAGCAUGCAAUGGAUGCUCAGUAGAUUUCAUCCCGAUACACUGGUACGGGAAUUUCGAGGGGUUCGCAUCUCACGUUGGCGAAGUUCGCGCAACAUUUCCGAAUAAGACCAUAUGGGUUACAGAGUUGGGGUGGGCGGAUCAACCGCUUGCCUCUACUCAGAGUUUCUUCAACGCCACCCUCAAGUAUCUUGACCGUCUGGACUACGUUACUCACUACAGCUGGUUCGGAAGCUUUAGGAGCGAUGUUAGUAAUGUAGGGCCUAACGGAGCGAUGCUCAAUAGCGCCGGGAAACUUACGGAUAUUGGGGCUUGGUAUCUAGGGCGUCAGGGAGAGGGGAUAAAACCUGACACCAACAACUCCGCAGCAAGGGUCGGAAGGGGGGAUUGGGUGCUUUGGAGGAUUGUUUACUUCAUAAUUAGCGUCCGGGCUCUUUAA